AUGUGGAACAAAACCAGAACAACGCUUCUGGCUGUUGGUGUCUUAUUCCAUUUGUUUUACUUAUGGUCAAUUUUUGAUAUCUACUUCAUUUCGCCGCUAGUUCAUGGUAUGAGCCCAUACCAAAGUACUCCGACUCCUCCUGCCAAGAGAUUGUUCCUGAUUGUUGGUGAUGGCCUGCGUGCAGAUACGACAUUUGAUAAAGUCACCCACCCGGUAACUGGAAAGACGGAGUUUUUGGCACCUUUUAUUAGAUCUUUAGUUAUGAACAAUGCUACUUAUGGUAUUUCUCAUACCAGAAUGCCCACUGAAUCUCGUCCUGGCCACGUUGCCAUGAUUGCUGGGUUUUAUGAAGAUGUCAGUGCUGUUACAAAAGGUUGGAAAUCAAAUCCUGUCGAUUUUGACAGUUUUUUCAAUCAAUCCACUCACACCUAUUCCUUUGGUUCACCUGAUAUUUUACCCAUGUUUAAAGAUGGUGCAUCUGACCCAAAUAAAGUUGAUGCCUGGAUGUAUGAUCAUACUUUCGAGGAUUUUACACAGUCUUCAAUAGAACUGGAUGCGUACGUCUUCAAACAUCUGGAUCAACUGUUUCAUAAUUCGACACUAAACUCAACUCUGGAUUAUGAAAUCAGACAAGACGGUAACGUAUUCUUUCUACAUUUACUGGGUUGCGAUACUGCGGGACAUUCUUACAGACCUUAUUCUGCUGAAUACUAUGAUAAUGUCAAAUAUAUUGACGACCAAAUCCCAACCCUUAUAGAGAGGGUCAACGAAUUUUUUGACGAUGACAAGACUGCAUUCGUAUUUACCGCAGAUCACGGAAUGAGUGCAUUUGGGUCACAUGGUGAUGGGCAUCCUAACAACACAAGAACUCCCCUGGUCGCUUGGGGAGCAGGUUUGAAUAAGCCAGUACAUAAUUCCUAUCCGGUAUUUGACAACUAUACUGAAAACUGGGAGCUAUCCGACAUUAAAAGAAAUGAUGUCAAGCAAGCUGACAUUGCCUCCUUAAUGUCAUAUUUGAUCGGUGUAAACUAUCCUAAGAAUUCAGUCGGCGAGUUACCAAUAGCAUAUAUCGAUGGAAAAGAGAGUGAUAAACUUGCUGCGUUAUAUAACAACGCAAGAAGCAUUUUAGAACAGUACCUGGUCAAGCAAAGCGAGGUUACGGAUUCCCAGUUUUAUUAUAAAGAGUAUCCAAGAUUUGCCGAGAAGCCUCAUUUGCGUUACUUGGAGGAGAUAGAAACCCUAAUUCAACGUAUAUCUGAAGGAGAGAACUACCUAGAAGAAGAAGCAAUCACACUUACAGAAGAACUAAUGCAAACGACUCUGGAAGGUUUGUAUUAUUUAACAACCUAUAACUGGAGAUUCAUUAGAACUAUCGUCACUUUUGGCUUCAUAGGCUGGAUCUUUUUCUCUUUUACAAUAUUUUUGAAGUCAUUUAUUUUAGAGGAUGCCGCCGAUGACCAGAAAACAUCGCUGUUAACUCAUGUGACAUUUGGAUCCGUUGGAAUUCUAUUGAACUGGAUCCUCUUUUACCAGCAUUCUCCUUUCAACUUUUACAUGUACCUGCUUUUCCCAUUAUACUUUUGGAGGUACAUUUUCACAAAUAGGUCUGUAUUACGCACGGGUAUCAAGGAGUUUUUUAAAGGUACUUCCAUAUGCAAAAGAAUUCUAAUCACAGUUUCCAUUAUUUCAGUUUAUGAAGGGAUCGUAUACGGGUUUUUCCAUAGAUGGACAUUUACGUUAGUUACAAACAUACUAGCAUUUUAUCCAUUUAUCUGCGGUGUGAGGGGGUUACUUGUAAAUGUGUGUUGGAUCGUGACCAGUAUGCUUUUAUCUACCUUUACAUUAUGCGACGCCGUUAAGAUCGAAAGCCUAAACCAAAUCCAUUUAGCAGGAUUACUGAUUAUAAUCAGCUCCUUCUAUGCUCUUUACAAGAUAUACCUGAAUAUAAAUUCCUAUACGCGUACCAUAUUCACCAUACAAAUUUCUUUAGUGGCUGCCAUGCUAGUAGUUACCCAUCGUUCAGCUGUGUCUCUGCAGCUUAGACAAGGGUUACCAAGGGAAUCUCAGAUUGCUGGUUGGGUGAUUUUUUUCGUAUCACUCUUCGUAAUGCCAUUUUUACAUUACAGAAAACCUAACAAUGAUUAUAAAGUUAGAUUACUAGUCAUCUACUUAACUUUUGCUCCUGCGUUUAUCAUUUUAACCAUCUCCUUUGAAUCACUGUUCUACUUUUUGUUCACCGUUUAUAUGGUGCAGUGGAUUGAAAUUGAAGACAAAAUCAAGGAAAUGAAAACUAAAAAGAAUGAAAAUUGGCUGCAGGUGUUAAGAGUCUCCGUAAUAGGAUUUUUCCUAUUACAAGUUGCAUUUUUUGGAACUGGGAAUGUCGCUUCCAUUUCUUCAUUUUCAUUAGACUCAGUUUACAGAUUGCUACCAAUUUUUGAUCCGUUCCCAAUGGGUGCAUUAUUAAUGUUAAAACUGAUCAUUCCAUAUGGGCUACUGUCUACAUGCUUGGGUAUACUAAAUUUGAAACUAAAUUUCAAAGACUACACAAUCUCGUCUCUGAUCAUUUCAAUGAGUGAUAUUUUGUCUUUGAAUUUUUUCUAUCUUUUAAGAAUAGAGGGAUCAUGGUUAGAUAUUGGUAUAACAAUUUCUAACUAUUGUUUGGCUAUCCUGUCUUCCUUAUUCAUGUUAAUUUUGGAAGUAGUUGGCCAUGUAUUGUUGAGAAAUGUUAUUAUCCAAGAUAAAACUAAGAAAACACAGUAA